AUGCUAAUAGGUACUACAUCAGCAGCUGCAACCUUUCUCUGUGCAUGUCUUUAUGUGCUGAUAUGGCAUAGAAAAGGGAAAAGACUAUGGUUUCUCCUUUGCAAGAAGGCUAGCAGCAACACUGAGAAGAAUUACGAGGCCAUGAUAGUAUCAUAUGGAUCCCUAGCUCCAAAAAGAUACAUGUACUCAGAGGUAAUGAAGAUAACUUCUUCUCGUAACGAACAGCUUGGUAAAGGUGGUUAUGGUGUGGUUUUCAAAGGAAAACUAUACGAUGGUCGCCUGGUUGCUGUGAAAUUCUUGCAUGACUGCAAAGGAAAUGGGGACGAAUUUGUGAAUGAGGUUAUGAGCAUUGGCACGACCUCUCAUGUUAAUGUUGUUAGCUUAUUUGGAUUUUGUUUGGAGGGCUCAAAACGAGCUCUUAUAUACGAGUACAUGCCCAAUGGUUCCUUGGAUAAGUACAUUUACUCAGAGAACCCCGAAGAAAUUUUAGGAUGGGAGAGGCUCUAUGCGAUAGCACUCGGGAUUGCUCGUGGCCUCGAAUACUUGCACCAUAGCUGUAAUACACGUAUCGUCCACUUUGAUAUCAAGCCCCAAAAUAUCCUUCUAGAUAAAGAUUUUUGCCCAAAGAUUGCUGAUUUUGGUCUAGCUAAAUUGUGUCAUACAAAGGAGAGCAAGCUUUCAAUGACUGGUGCUAGAGGAACAAUUGGGUUCAUCGCUCCAGAAGUUCACUCUCGAACCUUCGGAGUGGUUUCAACAAAGUCAGAUGUUUAUAGUUAUGGAAUGAUGCUUUUGGAGAAGGUUGGAGGCAGGAGAAAUGUAAAAUCAAUUGUUGAAAAUUCCAGCGAAAAGUAUUUUCCAGACUGGAUUUACGACCACUUUGCGCAAGAUGAUGGAUUACAAGCAUGUGAAAUCACAAGAGAAAUGGAGGAAAUCGCGAGAAAGAUUACCUUAAUUGGCUUGUGGUGCAUACAGAUAUUACCUGCAUAUCGCCCUACUAUAACCAAGGUUCUAGAAAUGUUUGAGAGAAGUUCAGAUGGCAUGGACAUGCCACCAAAGCAAAACUUCUGUGGGUUGAUGUAA